AUGACCGUGCCAUUGGCCUUCGACCAACCGACCCGUCCUCUCGAUGACCAGCUGCCCUACUUCCCAGUGCUUAUAAGGAAGGAGAAGCGACGGAAUCACCACUCUGCUCUGCUUUGCUCAGAAGCCAUCGACUGCAACUGCCGUCAACGCUCAAUGGUGUCCACCGCUCCCACUACCGUCUCGGCUCCCAAUCCGGCUCCGAAGUCUGCAUCCACCUCUGGAAACAUCCCGAUGGAGGUCGACGAGGUCAAAGAGAUUAAGAAGACGAAAGCUUCCUCUGAUGGUUACGACAACACCAUAGUCCUCCGUGGUCCAGCGGAGGUCAUUCGACAUCGUGAAGGUGCCGUCAGCCACUUCUUCAAAACAUGUUGCACUUGGUGUUGCUGCCUUUGUUGCUUCUUCAUCGCUUUUCUCUUUCUGAUGUCAUUGGGAGUGAAGAAGAAUGUUACGUCUAUCGACUCUCCGUAUGUUUGGCCACAGGAAGAUCCAGCGAUGAACCCAUCGACUCCCACUUCUCUCCCACCUUGGUAUCUACCAUCUGUCACCUCUAGACCGACAGUGAAGGCUCCAGAAGAGGUACCAGAAGAGGCUCCAGAAGAGGCUCCAGAAGGUGUGACACCGGAAGUUGAGGAGGCUCCCCCAAAGGAGACACCAGAGCCGGUGGAUGCUAGACCGACAUGCCUGACUGAAACCUGCAUAAAAGAAGUUGAUAGAAUGAAAUUUCUGAUAAAUGAAUCCGUCUCUCCAUGUGACAACUUCUUCCAACACGCUUGUACAAACUUUAAUUUGUACAAACUGGAUAAAAAAGACGUUCCUACAGUGAAAUACAAUGAAGAUGAAGUUGUCAAAAGACUCUCGAAAAUCGGUGGCUUUUUGGAGCAUCGAUUGCAUGAAUUGGUUCUCCCAUCUGAAGUGAAUCUUCGAAAGUUGUAUUUGAAAUGUUUGAGAAGAGAUCAUCGGGAUGUGGAAGACUUGUUGAAGACACUGAGACAUGAUCUAUGGUGGCCAUUUGACUGGGUGGAUCAAACCAAGUAUGAUAGAAUUCUUGCAAAAAUUCUGACGAGUCUCGUCGAGCUGAAUCCAUCAAAUAUCCACCUUUUCAAUGUGGUCGGAGAUCACAAACAAUUGAUUAUUCGUUCUGCUUUCUGUCAUGGAAAACAUAAAUCCAUUAAUGUUAAAAUUGUCAAACAAAUGUUCGAUGCGGUUUCGAAGGACCCGGAGAAUGAAGACAGAAAAUUGUUGGAAAAAAGUUUGGAGCUUGCGUUGAAAAUGGAUCUCACUAGAGAGUAUUGUACUGAAAUGGCACCACCACAGAAUAGAAACCAAGAAUUCAUUGUAAACUAUACAAUCCCGAGUAUUGAUAUUCCAGGAGUCUUUGCAGAUGUACUUAACCCUAGUCAGAGCAGCCGCCCUUCAAAAACCCGAACAAAAGUUGAGCAACAUCUCAUUUUCAAAGAGUCACACGAGUUUUUCAACUCAACGAGCUUCUUCAAUGAAAUGGUGAGCUCUAGACGAAUUGAAAUGGUGCACUAUUUGGUUAUCAAAUACGUCGAAGAAAUGGCAACCAAAAUGUUGCUUUCCCCUAAAAGCGACUGCGUAAAGAUCGCAAUGUCUUUGAUGCCCCGUACCGCCUUCUCCGUCUACAUCAACCAUUUCCUCCAACCGGAAAACCUUCAUGCUAUCCCUCAUCUUAUCAACUCAGUCAAAUCUCAAUACUUUGAAAUGAUCCAGAAAUCUAAAAAGAUUGAUGAUAAAACUAGAAGUAUGCUCAUAAAGAGACUGACCCACCUCCGACCAGACAUUGGAUCUCAUGGAAUCGGAAUCUCGGAGAAUAGUAUUCUGGAGAAAGUUGAAGACCAUACCGGAGAAUCAUUCUUCAAAGUGUACACCCGAAUGAAUAUUCAAAAAUCAAGGGAUUCUUUGGGAUAUAUGGUACUGGAUGACAUGUCAAUCAGUGGGAAAACUCACGCAAUUUCGAGCUUCAAUCAGAGAGUCCGACCUGGAAAAAUGUUUGCCUACAUGAUGGCUAACCCACGAUUUGAUAUUUCUUACCCGAUAGCUGCUCAAUAUGGAAAAGGUGGUCAUGAUGUUGCAACAGACAUGGCGCUCAUUUUUCAAGCUCUCAGAAUGAAACCGUUUAGAGAUACGCUGAAAUGUUUUCCGAAUGAGGAAAGAUUUGGUGAUUUGAAUAUGUUCAUUGACUACAUUGGAAUCAAGGCCUCGUACGACGCAUACAAAAAAGCGGAUAAGUCGAAAAGUGACAAGUUCCCAGGGUUCCAUGACAUGAGUGAUGACCAACUCUUCUUCUAUUCAAUGGUUCAGUCCACAUGCCAGGAGAAGUCAGACGCCCAUGGCCAACGUGUCAACUUUCUGUUGCAACAACUAGACGGAUUCGGAGAGGCAUUCAAUUGUCCAGCUGACGCGAACAUGGUGAAUCCGAAGACGAAAUGUGGGGAAUUGCUAUGA